CCAUCCCCUGUCCAUCCAUCUGUCCGUGAGACGAGUCCGGAGUCGAGUCGGAGCUAAGUAAAGGAGAGAGGACAGGUUAGCGUAAACUUCUCGUGGCAACGUGAAACGAACUUUUCCACAUAUGAAUACACUUCAGGGUGGCAGGCAAGGCAUCAAACAUCACCAAGUACUCCUUGAGCAACCACUAUUAAACCUAUUAAACCCCAAGACCGCCACAUCAAUCCAACACCACCACAUCAAUCCAACACCACCACAUCAAUCCAACACCACCACAUCAAUCCAACACCACCACAUCAAUCCAACACCACCACAUCAAUCCAACACCACCACAUCAAUCCAACACCACCACAUCAAUCCAACACCACCACAUCAAUCCAACGCCACCAAAACAGUCCGACCCGCCCGCUCUCAAGACACAUUGAUCAAUAAUCCAAAGCACUCCAACCCUGCACCCCCAAUCCCCAACCCCAGUAAACAAAGCACGCACAACCACCAAGACAACACAGCACAGCACAAGACCCCUCAAAGGUCAAAAGCGAAGCAAAAAAGCAUAUUAUUCACCUUCUUCCUCUUCGUCCUCCUUUUCUUCUUCUUUUUCUUCCCCUUCUUCUUCCUUCUUCCUUCUUCCUUCCAUCUUCCUCCUUCCUCCUUCCUACUCCCAUCUAUCCAAAAACACCCGCUUAAUCCAAGACCCUUUUCCAUACCCAAACCCAAAACCAAAAACCCCCCAAAAAACACAAGACUGAUACCACCAAAAACAAAAAAGUGACACACAAGACAAGAAAGACACACGACAGGCCAGAACAGAGAAUGACAGAUCGACAGCCCAGGCUUGCGCCGCCUGGCUACUGUCUACUUGCCAUAUCUCCAAAGCGUCUCGCGACGCUGCUUUGGCUCAUGCCGAAUCACGCCCCCGUUGCCGUCGCUCAAGUCGCGGAAGCCGUAUUCAUAGUAGCAGUCUGACGGACCAUCCACCUUUGGCAGGCC